UUAGUGUGAGGAAGGAAUGGAGAGUCAAGCUUUUCUGGCUAUUGAAAAGGCCAGACUCGGAAAGAAAUCACGGUUGGCCAAGGAGGCUGCGAUUUUGCUUAUGGUUGCGCAUGAUGGGUUUUCGGAUGAUGAGCUUUGUUUGCAUUAUUUGUUAGCUUCAAACAACGUCGAUGAGGUGAUAUUUUCAUCUUCGCUCGGUAGGUUAGGCCGUAAAGAGUUGAUGAAUUUGAUUCAGUACCUUGGGAAAUGGUUGAAAAAGUAUGAGAGGUUUCCUCAAGCCAUUCCAUGUCCCAAGGCUUCCUCUGCUUUGGGCUUGAAGAUCUGUGAUUGGGUGCCCAAGCUUGAAGAUGUCACGAACUGUCUUGGGUUUCUCGUGGAUGAGAACUUCUCUUCGUUGAUGUUACAUCCCGAGUUACGCGAAGAACUCAAAUCUAUCGAGGGAGUGGUUAGUUCCCUAGCCUUUGAAGCAAGAUUUUGCUGUUCAAUGACAAACGUAAUCGAGAAGUUGAGAGAAGGAGAUAUGCAGAGCUAGGAAUUACGGUAACGUUGCAUCGACACACUCUUUUCCCAUCAUUUGUGUUGCCCGAGUCUAAUAUAUUUGCGUUAACUAGACUUGUGUUCGUUUUGGAUUGAAUCGAAGUUAUCUUUAAUCUUUUUGUC